AUGCGGGCUUUCUACCUCCCGACGGCCCUGCUGGGUGCUCCACCGAGUCAUAUUCUAGUCCACACACAAAUGAAUCUUCUCUACCAGUUCUGGCUUCAUACAGAGACUAUUUCCUCCCUGGGACCUCUCGAAUAUAUCAUCAACACCCCAUCGCAUCAUCGAGUCCAUCACGGAUGCAACCGGUACUGCAUAGACAAAAACUAUGCAGGGGUGCUCAUCAUCUGGGAUCGAAUUUUUGGAACUUUUGAACCCGAAGGCGAACAAGUUGUCUAUGGCCUCACCCACGCAGUCAGCACUUUCAAUCCCAUCAAACUCCAACACAAGGCUCCAAUGAAGAAAUAUCAGCCAGAGAGUCCCAGGGAUGUUCAGGUCUAUACCUUCAUACAGUUUAUAAUUGGUGCCAUAGUACAUACACAGUUCAUGUCCAUACACAAGACGUUGCACUUCCAUGAAGUGCUCCUGUUUCUCGGCUACACUGGACUCUCGAUGCUGAGCCUUGCGCUGAUGCUAGAGAACGACACACGGGGACUUAGAUUUGAACUCCUCCGUUGUUUUGUUUUCCUUUUCAUAUCUUCCGUGUUCCCUUUCAUGAAUGCCUGGCCCUUGAAGCUAAUCACCUGGGUCUCCGGUUUCUACAUAAUCAUCUGGACCCUUACAAAUAAACAAAAUCAAUCUUGAUGUGCAUGACUAUAUAUUCGGUGAAAAUGUAUUGGGAUAUACAACGACCAAGAAAAGGGAAAAUAUGUGUAAAUAUAUAUUACCAUAGGAAAUAAAAUAAAGGGAACACAUGAGCAUGCAUGCACUUCAACAUUUGCGGCAGAUCGUAUCUUCAGAAUUCCUCCCC